UUACGCUGAAUAUGGCCAAAUAAUAUACAAAUCGGAAGUUUUUCACAAAAAAUGAAAUUUUGGAAAAUUUCAAUUUGAAAAAUACCUGAAAUGUAUUCCCUGAGAGCUCUGAUAUGGCAACCCCAAUAGUAUCGCGAGACACGUCAUAAUUUUUGGUGGUGCUUGAUUUUUGGAGCUAAUUUUCCUGCAUUUCCCAUUGAGAAAAAUCCGUGAAAAUUAGGUGGAAUUGUGCGUGAAUAGUGUGAAAUCCCAACAGUCCAGUGCAAAAUGGCCCAGAAUCCCGCAAAAGCUGACAUUGAGACCCUUUUCAAUCGUCUCCGUGCAAUUGCCACCAACAAAAGUUGCUUUGAUUGUGGCCAGAAGAAUCCCACAUGGGCCUCCGUGACGUAUGGCGUAUUCAUCUGCAUUGAUUGCUCAGCUGUCCAUCGGAGUUUGGGUGUUCACCUGACUUUCGUGCGUUCCACGAAUCUCGAUACGAAUUGGACGUGGCUCCAGUUGCGACAGAUGCAAUUGGGCGGGAAUGCCAGUGCUGGGCAGUUCUUCCGGCAGCACAAUUGCAACACAACGGAUGCCCAGCAGAAGUACAAUUCACGCGCGGCUCAGCUCUAUCGAGAUAAAUUGGCUGCCUCAGCGCAGCAAGCGAUGAAGAUUCAUGGGAAUCGGCUCAAUGUGGACACUACGGCAGAUGUGAAGGAGGACAAGCAGGAAGAGGAGGAUUUCUUUGCUGAUUGCACCACAAAUGGAAACUCUGAAGCAUUGCUGGAGGAUUUUACAGACAAUACCAGGAAGUUUGACCAACCAACUGUAGCACCUGUGGCGGCUGAAAUGAGCAAUCCACCGCUACGAGCAACCCCUGAGGUCGUUGGGGCACCCAGUGUGGACUUCCUGAAUUCAACUGUGCCUAUUGAAGCACCCAAAUCCACCAUUGGCGUCCGGAAGAUUCAACCCAAGAAGGCCGGCAUUGGGGGUGGGGCUAAGAAAGGCGGCCUAGGUGCCACGAAGGUGAAGACAAACUUUGCCGACAUCGAGCAGAAGGCCACAAUGGCGGAUCAGCUGAAGGAACCCGUGCCAGAGAAGAAGCUAACGGUCGAGGAGGAAGCUGAGGCAAUUCAGAGUGUUCGUCUCGCCUAUCAGGAUCUCUCGGUGCAGAAGACACGCGAAGAGGAACGCCUCAAGGCAACAAACCCCGAGAAGGCGAAACAAAUGGAACGCCUGGGAAUGGGAUUUGCCGGAAGGAAUGCCGUCUCGCACUCAGCUGUGACCGACAUGAAGACACUGAGUGAUGAGAAGGUGCCCACAAAGGCGAAGAAUCGCAGCCCCUUCGACACGGACGCCAAUGAGGGGGGUUUCUUCGAUGAUUUACUGCCAAUGUACUCCACAAGUAUGAUUGUUACGGGGAAAUCCUCAAGGCAGGAGAAGAAUGACGAAUGGACAAUUGUCAAUGCCAGCGAUGCCGUGGAUCCCAUCGAUGGGGAUCGUCCGGUAAUUCACACGAUGUUCAUGCAACAGCCGACAAAGAGCUCCCCCACAGUGACGCCCAAAGUGCCAGCAGGUACGAAGACGUAUGAAAAUGAUGAGGCUCAGAAGAAGUUUGGGGGUGCAAAGGCAAUCUCAUCUGAUCAAUUCUUCGGCAAUGACGCGGGCAAUAGCUACGAGCGAUCAUCCAAUUUAGUGCGCUUCCAAGGGUCAAGUAGUAUCUCUUCUGAGGACUUUUUUGACGAUGGAACCGGGAGGAGUCAACAGAAUCGUGGAGCUUCGAGGAUGCGGAAUAUGGAUCUACGUGGACCAAAUCUCGACGAUGUGCGUGAAAGUGUCCGUCAGGGGGUAACAAUGGUAGCAGGACGGCUGAGUAAUUUGGCCAAUGAGAUGAUGAGUACGAUUCAGGAUAAAUACGGUGGAUAGGGGCCGAUUGGGGUGGAUGAGGGGGCGCAAUAGGAAAAAAAAAUAUUAAUUAAAAUUAUUACAAAAAAAAUCUAUAUAUAAAAUGUAAUUUACAGACACAUUUCAAAUGCCUCAUGCAACGUGAGAAAAAAAACAAGAAGAACUUUUUAGACGAGUUAAUUCGUAAAAAAAAAUUGAGGGAGAUAUUAAAAAAAAAAGAAAAUAGAUGUUUUUAUCUUUAAGCGAUGACAAAAUAUUGAAAAAAAGAAUAGUUAAGCUGGUAGAAUUAUGUGGGGAAGAGAUUGAAGAAUUUAAGAAUUUUGGACUUUCAAGAGAGAAAGAGGUGAAAGUUGGCGCAUUUCUUUUUCCGGAAAAAAUGAGAGAGAAUUGAAAAAUAAAUAAUCGAAUGAGUCGUUUUAUCCAUAAAAA